GCGGGAGAGAAAGAAAGCAACUGUAAGAUUGUCUAUUGCAGCUCGAUUGUCUUCAAUUGCAGCUAAAAUCCGGAGGCUUCAAAAGCAGAAUUUAAACUCAGCAAAGAUCAUCUGCAUCUCAAUGAGAGUCAUGAUGUCAGGACCAGUAUGUUUGAUUGAAAGUGAUAAAAAUGGAAAGUUUCAUUUGAGAAAAGAGGCCAAAGACAUUCUGGAUGGAAUUAAUGAGCCAGUGGUGGUGGUGUCUGUAGUUGGACUCUACCGUACUGGAAAGUCUUAUCUUAUGAAUCGCCUUGCAGGACAACAGUCAGGCUUUGCUCUUGGCAACACCAUUGAGUCGAAGACCAAAGGUAUCUGGAUGUGGUGCGUCCCUCACCCAUCUAAAACAGGACAGAAUCUGGUGCUGCUGGACACAGAAGGACUGGGUGACGUAGACAAGGGAGACUCUAAGAAUGACGGCUGGAUCUUCUGUCUGGCGGUUUUGCUCAGCAGCACCCUGGUGUACAACAGCAGAGGAACCAUUGAUAAUGAUGCAGUGCAAAAGCUCCACUAUGUUACUAAUCUUGCUGAGCAAAUCAAGAUCAAAUCCCUAUCAUCUCCAUCAGAAGAAGAUGAUGUGGGAGGGGAAGAUGAUUAUAAGUUUGUGUGCUUUUUCCCAUCAUUUGUCUGGUCUGUGAGGGAUUUCACCUUGGAAUUAGAAAUUGCUGGAAAGCAAGUGACAGAGGAUGAGUACCUCGACUUUGCCCUGAAUUUAAAACAUGGUAAAAGCAGAAAUGUCAGUGACUACAACCUGCCUCGUGAAUGUAUUCGGAGUUAUUUCCCUUCCCGGAAGUGUUUUGUUUUCCAAUCUCCAGCCUCACCGGAAAGCAUGAAGCGUUUGGAGAGCUUAAAAGAGCAGGACCUUGUGCCAGCUUUCAUGGAGGCCACAAGUCGUUUCUGUGAUUACAUCUUUGCGGAAAGUGGUGUGAAAACACUGAAAGGGGGUCAUAAAGUUACUGGGAAAAUGUUUGGUAAUCUGGCUCAGAUUUAUGUAGACACAAUCAACAGUGGUAAUGUGGCCUGUCUGGACAAUGCAGUGGUUGCUCUUGCAAAUCAAGAGAAUCAGGCAGCUGUUGAAGAAGCUUUAAAAGUUUAUAAGAGUGGCAUGGAAGAGGUGAAAAAGAAGUUUCCAGUAAAUGUGACUGAUGUUACCCAAGAGCAUCAGAGCGUCAGCAGUCUGGCCACAUCUGAGUUCAUUAAACGUUCCUUUAAAGAUGACAAUCAAGAGUACCUUAAGAAGUUGGAGGAAAACAUAGGUCAAUACUAUGUAAACCUGUUGGAUGAGAAUUUGAACGCGUCAGACAGGAAGUGCAAAGAGCUGUUAAAGAAUCUGUUCUUUAAAAUGAAUGAACGACUGAAGGAAGGAGAAUACAGUCGGUGUGGAGGAUAUGAAGUCUACUGCAGAGACAGAGACGCCAUCAUUGAACAAUACCACAGUGAACCAAACAAAGGAGUCAGGGAUGAAGCUGUCCUGAUUGAGUUCAUGAAGGAGAGAGGACCUGAAGCAAACGUCAUCUUUUACACGGAUGAAAAGCUGACUAAAAAAGAGAAAGAAGUUCAGGAGGAGAGAGAGAAAAAAACUCUGAUGGAACAAAAGUGUAAAGAGGAAGAGAAGAAACGUGUUGAGAGUGAUCUAAUGAUAAAGGCAGAGAAAAUGCGCCAGGAGGACAGAAUUAAGCAGAUGGAGGAGAAGUUAAACAAGGAGAUUGAGCAACGACGGGAUGAGAUGGAGAAAGCUGUGGAGAGCAAACUGAAGGAGUAUGAAGAGCUGAUGAAGAAAGGCUUUAAAGAGAAAGCUGAACUCCUUGAUCAAGAGAUAAAGAAGUUACAAGAAGAGAAAGAGAGUAUUGGAGAAGUUGUAGGGAAAUUUCUUGGUAAUGUUGUAGACAUAGUUCCCAAUCUUCUCACUGGCAAGGGCUUCAAAUGGCGUUAAAUUGCUGUGAAUACCUUAUUACAAUAUACUCCACACUGCUCCACUACAAUUGCAAUUAUUUACUUGAAAAAAUUCACAUGGAUCGGGAAAUCAUUGGAAUUUUACAUUCAGGCCUUCCGUAGAUGCCCUCUUAUCCAGGUCCUUUGCUGAUCCCACUCCUUUCUCUCCACCUUGGACUUACCAAAAAUUUAAUAAAAACAAUAAUAAUAGAGUUUGCAUAUCAAUAAUAUAUACAGCAAGUAAUUGAUUUAUUUUAAGCAUUUAGUGGCUUUAGCUUCAAGUACUCAAGUGCUUUUUUCUUCUCAU